CGUAUUCUAUGAUAAGAUUUUGACAGUUGUGUAUAUUUGCCAUAGAAAACGACGAAUGAGUUGUGAAUUUUUGGUUUUUGUAAUAUUUGCCUUCUGAAAGUUUCUCAAAUCUUAUAAGAAAAUAUGAGUUCAAUAGGCACUGGCUAUGAUCUUUCUGCUUCUCAAUUUUCGCCGGAUGGGCGAGUAUUCCAAGUUGAAUAUGCCAUGAAAGCUGUAGAAAACAGCGGAACAGUGAUAGGGCUAAAAGGUACCGAUGGUGUUGUAUUGGCAGCAGAAAAAUUAGUUACGUCUAAAUUACACGAACCAGGCACUAAUAAGAGAAUAUUCAAUAUAGAUAAUCAUAUUGGAAUGUGUUUUUCUGGAUUGAUAGCUGAUGCAAGACAACUUGUUGAAAUUGCUAGGAAAGAAGCUGCUAAUUAUAGGUCUCAGUAUGGUGUGAGCAUUCCACUCAAAUACCUUAAUGACAGAGUAAGCAUGUAUAUGCAUGCAUAUACACUUUACAGUGCAAUCAGACCUUAUGGCUGCAGUGUUAUUCUGGCCAGUUAUGAAGAAAAUGAGCCAUUCAUGUACUUGAUUGAUCCCUCUGGUGUUAGCUAUGGAUAUAAUGGAUGUGCUACUGGGAAGGCGAAACAGUCUGCUAAAACAGAAAUUGAAAAGUUGAAACUAGGUGAAUUAAGCUGUAAAGAAUUAGCCAGAGAAGCUGCCAAAAUAAUUUACCAAGUUCACGAUGAAUUGAAAGACAAAAAUUUCGAAUUAGAAUUAUCUUGGGUUGGAAAAGAUAGUAAUGGAAAACACGAAAGAGUUCCAAGUCAUAUAUUAGCAGAUGCUGAAAAAGCUGCAAAGCAAGCAAUGGAGGCAGAUUCAGAUUCUGAUACAGAAGAUUUGUAGAUAAUAAUUUGAUUUAAGUUCAAUUCACAAUAAAACUAAUCUUUUAAAA